AUGACUGGCGCAACCCUCCAACCGGGCCAGGCCGACCUGCCCUCGGCGAAGAGCACGGCGUCGUACUGGCACCGCCAGCCCUCCAAGACGCUCCUCGGCCACAGGACCACAAAGGACCUGCCGCCGACCGCAGACGUCGUCGUCGUCGGCAGCGGCAUCACGGGCGCAUUCGCCGCCAAGGAGCUGCUAGAGCGGCAGGCUGGUGGGGAAGGCAAAAGGGUUGUUCUGCUCGAGGCGAGGGAGGUUUGCUGGGGUGCUACUGGAAGGAACGGCGGCCACUGCCAACCGGUAUCCUACAAUCCAAACACCGCCAUCGCCUCCUUUGAGCUCGCAAACUACGCCCAUCUCCGCGACCUGGUCGCCGCAAACUCCAUCCCCUGCGACUGGGUCUCCCUCCACGGCGUCCACGCCCUCCUGACGCCAGACCUCGUCGACGCCGCCCGGAACCAGAUCGCCGCGCUACCGCCCCGAUUCGCCGGUCUCGCGCGCCUCGUCACCGACGCGGACGAGCUGAGACAACUACGAAUCCCAGACGCCAUGGGCGCCGUCGUGCAGGAGAAGGCGGCGAGUGUGUGGCCGUAUAAGCUUGUCGCGUGGAUCUUUGAGGACCUGCUGCGGAGGUUCGGGGUCGAGGGUGCGGCCGAGCCCGAGUCGUCGUCGGGCAACAAGAAAGGUAGCAGCAGUAGCAGCAGCAGCUUCAACAUCCAGACUUGCACACCAGUAACCCGCCUCCAACACCUGCCCCCCGCCACAUCGUCAGACGCAGCGUCAUGGAUCCUCCACACGCCACGCGGCCAAAUCGCCACAGCCCAAGUCCUCCUCGCCUCCAACGCCUACACCUCGCGCCUCCUCCCUCGCUUUGCGGACCUGAUCGUCCCUGUCCGCGGGCAAGUCGCGGCCCUCUUACCUCCCCGCCCGCGCCCCGAGCUCGGUACGGCCUACGUCUUCAUGGCGAGCUCCGACGCCGCACGGGGCGAGCCGAACCAGGACGACUACCUCAUCCAGCGGCCCGGACCGGGUUUAGAGAUGAUACUGGGCGGCGGGCGGGCGCGGGGUACGUUGCGCGGGGUGGGAAUCUCGGAUGAUGACGAGAUUGAUCCUGUUGUCGCUUCGUAUCUGAGGCAAGCGGGGGCGAGGAAUCUCGACCUUGCCGCUGCAGUGGGGCCGGGAAUGGAGACGGGGACGGGGCGAAUGCAAGAUGAAGGACGCGGUGGCAACAGCACUAGCAGCAAGAAGGAACUAGAGGCGAGUCACGAAUGGACGGGCAUCAUGGCCUUCUCGCGCGACGGACGGCCGUGGGUCGGACAAGUACCCCCGGGCUCCGUCCUCGGCGGCGGGGAAGGAUUGUGGGUCUGUGCCGGGUAUACCGGUCAUGGAAUGCCGCAGGCCGCGCUGUGCGGGCGGGCGGUGGCGGGCAUGAUGAUAGCCGGAGGCGGCGGCGGGGACGACGACGAAGAGCCUCCGACCGAGUUCUUGGUCAGUGAGGAGAGGGCCGAGAAGGCGAGGGCUCUGCCUUCCAUCAAGGAGAUGGACGAUUUGGAUAUGUUUUUGUUGUAG